GCCUUGUACAAGGACUACAAGGUGUCAGAGGCGUUUAACUCCACCAACAAAAGGAUUUAAAGCUAGUCGUACAGUCAAAAGUGAAUGCAAACGUUUCGCUUUGUGUGUUUACGACUUUUAACACCACAUCAAGCCAGUCGACAACAUCUCAACUCAUUGUUAGUGAUGUCGACCGCUGCUCAGACACCAGCCUGCACCGGUACAGUGACGCCGGCAGAAUGCAGCUGGAAACCCCAGUAUGUGAGCGGGGAUUUGUUCAGCUGCCCUGCGGACGAAGCUCUGGCUCACUGCAUCAGCGAGGACUGCCACAUGGGCGCCGGCAUAGCCCUGCUGUUCAAGAGGAAAUUCAAAGGGGUACCUGAGCUGAAGGAACAAAACAAGGUGCAGGGACAGUGUGCGGUAUUGACAAGAAACCAACGCUUCAUUUAUUAUCUGAUCACAAAGAAAAAGUACAGCCAGAAGCCCACCUAUGACAGCCUGAGACAGAGCCUAGAGGACAUGAGGGCUCACUGCGUUGACAAUAAAGUGAUGGGAAUAUCAAUGCCUCGUAUUGGCUGCGGCCUGGACCGACUGCAGUGGCCAAAAGUGUCAGAGAUACUGGAAGAGGUCUUCAAAGACACGAACAUCACCAUCACAGUCUACAGCCUUCCGGAGAAAGCAGAGACCACAGUGAUGACAGAAAAUAUGCGCAGAUGAUGAAUUGAAAUGUUCCUAUAUUGUAAUGUUCACAUUAUGCCCUUUUCUGUAUUAUUAUCACAAUCUGCUGCCAAGAUUUUUCAAUGUGGGGAAAUAUGUUUUGGA